AUGGCGGCUAUCAUCUUAGUGUGGCCGGUUGGCUGGUUCUUCUUGUCCGUCCUGUUCUUUUUCCUUGGCCUGCGACAUGAAACAAGACGACCAAGGUCGAUUCUGGCCGCCCUGCAGGUACUUGCAGUUGCUGCGAGCCUAGGAGCCAGUGGCGAGAUCUUGCGCGAGCUGCCCCUGCUUGCUGUGCCGUUUGUCAUCGGAGUGACGGCGCACACGACUUCUAUCCUGCUGCUGGACGUAGAAACCAGUACGGCCGGUCUUUCCCUCUCUGCGCAGCUAAAGACAACGACCCUGCUCUGGUGCAAUAUCCGGAGGUUGCAGCCCUGCAGCUCCCGGCCUACCAUGGGUGCAACGCUGGGAUGCCAGCGCCGCAUCUCGUUUGGUCUAGGCUGCAUCUCGAGAACCCUGGUCUUCUGGCUUGUUGACUGGUCAAUAUCCCAAAUUCUACUAUUCCGGACACUGCGCUCCCUCCCUCUCGGGAUCCACAGCUUUGCGCCCGACAAGCGAACCGUCUUUCCGAGUCCCUGGACUUCUCCAGAGCUCGCAUACCCGGACUAUGUUCUCCGAGCCAUCACGAGCGCGCACUGGAUAUGGGUCACAUACUGCGGCUUGACGACGAUGCACCAUUUAUCCGCCGCACUCUUCGUCUCGGUGUUGAACUGGGAAUCUCCCAGCAACUGGGCG